CUUUACUUGUUCAAAUAUGAUACCGUCCAUGGACGUUUCAAAGGUCAUGCUGAAAUAAAAGAUGGAAAAUUGCUUGUAAAUAAUUGUGAAAUUUACGUUUUUGCCGAAAAAAAUCCCAAGGAUAUCAAGUGGGGAGAAGUUGGUGCUGACUAUAUAGUUGAAUCUUCUGGUAUUUUCAAAACUAUGACAAAAGCAUCGCUUCAUUUGCAAGGUAUUAAUAAUGUCAUAAUUAGUGCACCGAGUGACGAUGUGCCAAUGUUUGUUUGCGGUGUAAACUUGGAAACUUAUAAACCCGAAUACAAGAUUAUCUCCAAUGCUUCUUGUACUACAAAUUGUUUGGCACCGAUCGUCAAGGUUCUCAAUGAUAAUUUUGGUAUCAUCGAAGGUUUGAUGUCAACUGUCCAUCCAACUACAGCAACUCAAAAGACUGUUGAUAGUUCUAACAAA